GUCCACAAUGCGAAUCCGUCUGCAUGAGAGCAGGCAUGCUAAUACUGUAGUAUGCAGUAGCCAUCAUAACCUGACGCUGCAGGACAAGAGUUGGUAGGCCCGUUUUCUGAGAUUCUUUGGAAUGAAGUUGCUGUAGGUAGUAUAACUUCACAGGAAGAACUUCAAAAGCAGUGUACCGAUGUGCUUUCAGUAAUUUGGGCCUCCAGGCUUCUUCCAGCCUUCAUUCGCACCGAAGACAGAAAGAGGGAUCCUCAUCUUUCUUCUAUGCCUCCUCCCCGCUGCAUGCAUGAUCCGCUAGACUGGUUUUCACUUCUGCAUGCAGUCAACGUCUGGGCUGCAUGCAGUCCUGCAAAUGAUCACCCGAUCGGGUGCAGACCAGUUCCCGUAGACGUCCUGUCAGACAUAUCCUCCUGAUAAAACCAGCACUGGAUGAAGCCCACCUCUGGAUACCUACUGAUCCGAGCGGAUUUUGAAGUAUUUAAAGCAGGUCAGUUUGCGCCCCUUCCUCAAUGCGACUGAGCCAUUGAACCGCCAUCUGAACUGAGGAAGAUCUAAGAAGCGAACCGACCCUGCCAGCAACCAUGGCGGUAGAAACUGGAGUCCUGAUACUGGGAUCUACCGGGUACAUUGGGAAGUUUGUGGCCCUGGCGGCGGCAGCGGAAUCUGGCGUGAAGGCAUAUGCCCUUGUCAGCAAAGCCACACAGGCCAAGCCUGAGAGAGCUGAGGUGCUGCAAAAACUGCGCAGCGCAGGGAUUCAGUUCCUGGAGGGAGACAUCAACGACCACGCCAGCCUGGUGGCUGCCCUCAAGAGAGUAACUGUAGUCAUCUCCUGUGUGGGCUUCUCCGCUCAUAACGACCAGCCCAAGAUUCUGGAGGCAGCGAAAGAAGCGGGGACCAUCACACGCUUCCUGCCGUCCGACUUUGCUUUCGCCCUCAGCAAGGAGACCAUCGCCGCAUUUGGAGACGUUCAUCCCCGGUUCACUCUCAAGGAGCCGACAGCAGAGGCGGCCAACAAAUCGGGGAUUCCGUAUACGUUCAUCUGGGCAAACCUGUUUGGUGCCUAUGCCGAGAUGGCUCUGGGCCGGCAGAUGCCAAUGCAGAAUGACGAAAUCGACGUGUAUGGAACCGACAAGAAAAUCGUCGCUGUCGACGAAGGCGACAUCGGGCGGUACACCAUCAAGGCGGCUCUCGACCCCCGGGCGGCGAACAAGACGGUGCGCUUGGAGCCGCCCAGAAACGCAGUCACGCAGAGCGAGCUGAUUGCCCUCUGCGAGAAGCUCCGGGGAAAGACGUACAAGAAGCGGGACGCAACUGCGGAGAUGCUCGUAGAAGAGUACAAGAAUUCCAAUGAGGAGGUCAGCUUCUUCGCGUGCCUGCGGUACGCGUUUUGGAUCUCCGGCGACCACACUCAGCCGAAACGGGAGGGCGACCUCUCGACCGCAGAACUGUACCCCGAUCUCGAGUACAAAUCGAUUGAGGCCAUCCUACGACCCUAGGCGCGCGGCUUGGGGUUGGGCUGGGUGAUUUUGGCAGCAGGCGGCUUUUGUUCCACCCUUGAUAGGCGUAAUCUAUAUAUCUUGCCUUGUUGUGCUUAGGCUAGUCUUGAAAACUUUGUGAGAUUGUUUGCUACGAAGUGCUAUGAGUGAGUGCGUUGGAUACACAUAUUCUCGAGGAUUGGUUUGCUUAGAGCCGGAGCUAUAGACAACUUGCAGCUUAGCUUUGCAGGCAAGGCGGCAUUGGCAGGUUUGAGGGUUGACGGAAGGGUGGCCGGGGCUAACUUUUUUCUUAGUGUAGAAAGUCGUGUUUCAGUCAAGGAGCACUGGCCGAUCAAUAUGUGAGUAGCCUAGAUGCGUUAUGGUUGCUAAAGUGUGCGUUUACGUCUUAAACAGAAUAUAGUACAGUGAUCAAUACUCUAGAAGUAAACGAGCCAUGUUCGCUAAAGAGAGCGUCCGCAGCUCAUCGAGGAUUUCUUUUUUCAAUCGGCCGAUGCUAUCAUAUCUCAAUGGAACGGCUGCCACAUGAUGAUCGAUAUACUGGGC